ACGGGGUCAUGUGAUCUAGUGGUGCUGCAAGCAGUCAACAGCUUUAGUUUCUAGGAAAGUAAUACAUAAUACAGAAAUUUGAGCUCGUCUCGAAAAACCGUGUGUGUGCGCGGGUGUUCGCUGGGAAAGGCACCGAGAAGAAAUCAACAUGCAAAACGUCAUCAAUUCGGUCAAAGGGACAGCUCUAGGAGUGGCUGAGUUCCUGACACCAGUACUGAAGGAAUCAAAAUUCAAAGAAACUGGUGUGAUCACCCCAGAAGAGUUUGUGGCUGCUGGAGAUCAUCUGGUCCAUCACUGCCCGACUUGGCAAUGGGCCUCUGGAGAAGAGGCAAAGGUAAAGCCGUAUUUACCAAAGGACAAGCAAUUCCUGCUGACUCGCAAUGUGCCAUGCUACAAACGGUGUAAACAAAUGGAGUACUUGGAUGAGCAAGAGGCUAUCAUAGAAGAAGAUGAUGGAGACGGAGGUUGGGUGGACACGUAUCACAAUUCAGGGGUAACGGGGGUGAUGGAAGCAGUUCAAGAGAUCACCUUGGACAGUAAGGACAAUAUGAAUCUCAAGACUCACUCGGUAGCGUGUGCAGAGGAGGAUGAGGAUGAUGAUGAAGAGGGAGAAGCUGCUGACAUGGAAGAAUAUGAAGAAAGUGGGCUGUUGGAAACAGAUGAGGCAACGCUGGACACCAGUAAAAUUAUAGAAGCUAGCAAACCCAGAGCCGACGCUGGAGGGGAAGAUGCCAUUCUGCAGACUCGAACCUAUGACCUUUAUAUCAACUAUGACAAGUAUUACCAGACUCCACGACUCUGGCUCUUUGGAUAUGACGAGGAUCGACAGCCUCUGACAGUGGAUCAAAUGUAUGAAGACAUUAGCCAGGACCAUGUCAAGAAAACAGUGACAAUUGAGAACCACCCUCAUCUCCCCCCGCCGGCCAUGUGUUCAGUACACCCGUGCAGACAUGCAGAAGUAAUGAAAAAAAUAAUUGAGACAGUAGCAGAAGGAGGAGGAGAGCUUGGCGUUCAUAUGUACCUUCUCAUUUUCUUGAAAUUUGUGCAAGCUGUCAUUCCAACUAUAGAAUAUGACUACACAAGACACUUCACCAUGUAAACCUGGCUGACUCCACAGACAACCCUGCAACACUUUCUGUCUCAGACAUUGAAAUGGGUGGGAUUUUCAUGGCUGGUGCUCCUGACACAGCAGAUGGCUGAAUUCGAUUCCCAUUAGACAUUCUGUGCUUUGUUGGGAAUCUUUGAGAAACACAGCAUGGUGUUUGAUUUCAGAUGCAGUACUACAGUUUCUACACAGCUGUUUGUGCAUUACUAUCUCUGCCUUCAGAAACAAUAAUAACACAUUGCCAUUCUGGGGAUCACCUUCUUUGGUGCUUUAAAGUAGGAUAAACUUCCUUCUCUGUGUAGCUACUCCCAUUCACCAAUAUACAUACAAAAAUAUAGUACUUACAUUUAGUAAACUUUAGGAAUACACAAACCUAGUCAGAACUGGAAAAGGAACCACAACCUAAAAAUAACUCCUAACAAUAUUCUUUUGUUUGUUUUUUUUAAUCUGCCUUAUUAAAGAUUUAAUAAGUAAGCACUUUUCU